UAGCUCUCAAAAAGGAUGGCUUGAAGCCGAUCGGAACACCUCUCUCCAACGUUCAAAUCGCUGCCUGCUAGGGUUUCUUGAAACCUUUUUUCAAUUCUUUUUGUCCAAAUCAAGCGGCAUAUUUGUGUAAUCUCUCGCCAUUUCCCCAUUUUCUUUUCUUUUUAUUUCGUAAUAAAUUUCCCCUUUUUCAUGUAUCAUUAAAAUCGCAAGGAUCCCUUCUUCUCAUCCCGAGCUAGAAUCAAAUUGCAGUUCCUACAAGCCAGGAGAGAUCUUGAAAAAGUGCCGAUAUAUCUGCCCUAGCAUUUGCAACAUCAUGAAAGGAAGAUAAGAAAGAUCAUUUUGCAGGGAGGACCAUCAUCUUCUUCCUACUUAAGGCAAAGAGAUAUCUUCCUUCUUCGAUGAGUUCUAAAGAUAAGGGGAACAAAUCCUGCAGAAAGAAGCAGGUUGCUGCCUCUAAAGAGGUGAAAAAACAAUCUAAGGAAGGUGGCAGUACCUCCUCAAAUGAAACUGCUCAAAACAAUUUGAACUUCUCAAAGCUUCUGGAUGGGGUGGUUUUGGUUCUGUCAGGGUUCGUUAACCCUGAGCGGAGCACAUUGCGUUCACAGGCAUUAGAGAUGGGAGCAGAAUAUCGAGCUGAUUGGACUUCAGAUUGCACCCUUCUUGUUUGUGCAUUUCCUAAUACUCCUAAAUUUAGACAAGUCGGAGCUGAUUGUGGCACUAUAGUCUCAAAGGAAUGGAUAUCUGAUUGUUAUCAGCAGAAGCAGCUUGUCGACAUUGAGUGUUAUCUUAUGCAUGCUGGAAGACCAUGGAGAAAAUGCAGCAGGCAAAUUGAGAAUAGCCAAGAGAAGAAAAAUGCCCUACCUGAUGAACCUCUAAAGCAAGUUGAAACAAGAUCACAUGCAAGGCUGACUGGAUUUGCUGUAUCUGAGGAAGGAGUUCCUAAUAUUUUUAAAGAUCAUUUCUCUCGUGCCAAAAUCAAAAAGUGGGCUAUUGAUGAUUUGAAUAAAACAAUUUCAUGGCUGGAGAGUCAAGAAGAAAAGCCAGAGCUAAAUGAAGUAAAGACUAUAGCUGCAGAAGGGAUUGUCACUUGUUUGCAAGAUGCCAUAGAAUCUCUUAGGAACAACCAGGAUGUUCAGCAUGUGGUUGAGCAGUGGAAGUUUGUCCCUCGUGUUGUCAAAGAGCUGGCUGAAUUUGAGGGGAGGAGGAGAAGGGGAUCACUUUCAAAGGAAGAGCUCUCUGAAUUGGUCAUCACAUGUAAGAAAAUCUACGAAGAUGAGUUUGACCAUUUAGAUGAUUCCCUUGUAAAAAUUAAGAAGCGCAAAACUGAUGCUGAUGAGGAAGACAGUAAGGAUAUGCAAAUCAAAUGCUAUGAUGCAGGGUCUGACAGUGAUCAAACUAUUGAAAUGACAGAAGAAGAAAUAGAUCUUGCCUGCAAAAAUCUUUCUGAGAAUUAUGAAUGGUAAGAGAAGUUGUGGAAAACAGUUAUUUUCUGCAAGGAUCGAGCUAGCCGUAACUCUUUGUUUGUAUUUUUCUGUAUGCUGUUUUACUUUAUUGAACUGAGUCGCCAUUUUCUGUCGCAAAGAAGGGGGAAGUCUUGUCCUUGUUGCCAUUAUGAGUUCUUUGCAAUCAGGCUGUUGCAGCCCAAUAGAUUUUGACAACACUGUAGGUGAUGGCUUGCUUUUUUCAGAAAAAAAAAGAAGUCUUUCUAUUCCCUCCAGGGCAAUUGCCUGAUUUGUUUUCAACAUAUUAUAUGGCCGUCAAUUUCUAGGCUGUCAGGCCACAAUUGGGACAGGUUGUCACGUGCUUGGUGUUAUGCUUAAUCAUUUGCCUUUCUACUUAUCAUUGUUCGUGUCUGAAAUACAGAUUGGGUUGGAUUUAGUGCGAAAGCUGACAUAGAUUGAAUCUGAUAUCAGAAAGGGAGUUCUAUUUUCUGCAGCAUAUGAAAGCUUUUGAGUUGUACCAAGGUGACGCAAAUGGAAUCUAGCAUCCGGGGGGGAGUGCUAUUCUCUGCUGCAUAUGGAAGGUUUUUAGUUGAACCAAUCAGAUUAUGAAGCUGACUAGUUGUUGGGAAUGUUCUAAUUUCCACUUUAAAGGCUUUGCGGGAAACAAUGACCAUUACAUCAUUAUGACGGUUAUAGCAGUUUAGAAAAAUCUUUUGUUAACUACUGUGUGAUGAAUAUUUGUAAUGAGCAAUGAAACAACAUCAAGUUA